UUGAGAACCGUGCUCGCUGGAAGGAAUGCGUGCGCGCUUCGCGUCAUUCGCUGCGGGUGUGGUGUGAACGAGCCUGUUUGAGGCGCCGCAGCGGCAGCGCAAGCAGCACGGCACCAGCGGACCCUCGACAUCGGGAGUCGCCAGGUGGCCUGGUGGAGUCCGGUGGGGGUCCUGGCUGAGGGGCGCGGGGGCGCAUGACGAGCCGGCGGCAGCCGGGGGGCCUUCCCUCGGCUUCGGAGGCGGCCCCCCGGUCGCUGUGCGUGGCCGUGGUGGGCCUGAGCGGCACCGAGCGCGACAAGGGCCCCACGGGCGUGGGCAAGUCGUGCCUCUGCAACCGCUUUGUGCGGCCCCGCGCCGACGACUACCACACGGACCACAUCUCGGUGCUGAGCCAGACGGACUUUGGGGGCCGUGUGGUCAACAACGACCACUUCCUGUACUGGGGCGAGGCAAGGCGGCCCUCGGCCGAUGGCGCGGGCGACAAUGUGCCCGAGCUGAGCGUGCACGUGGUGGAGCAAACAGAGUUCAUCGACGACUCGUCCUUCCAGCCGUUCCGCAGCGGCAAGACGGAGACGUACCUGAAGCGGUGUGCGGCCCUGCGCCUCUGCUCGGCCGAGAAACUCAUGUAUGUGUGCAAGAGCCAGCUGGGCAUUGAGAAGGAGUUUGAGCAGCGGCUCAUGCCCGAGGGGCGACUCAACGUGGACGGCUUUGUGUGCGUGUAUGACGUGAGCCAUGUGCCGGGACGGCCGGCCGACAAGCAGGCCGAGUUUGUGGCUGCCCUGCUGCAGACGCUGGUGCGCACGCGAAAACCCGUCGUACUGGCCGCCACCAAGACGGAUGAGGCCUGCGACAUGCACCUACGCGAGGCAGAGCGCCUCGUGGCUCGCAAGGAGCUUAGGGGCCAGGUACCCCUGGUGGAGACGUCAGCCCACGAGAACGUGAAUGUGGACCUUGCGUUUCUACUAGUUGCACAGCUGGUUGACCGGGGCACCAAGGGUUCCAGUCGAUGGGCGGGCCGGGUACCAUCGUUUCUCGAGGCCAGCCGGGCACGCCGUGAGGCUCUCGACCAGGCUACCGACGCCUUCCAGGCGCUGGUGCGAGCCCAGGUGACCGACCCGCGCGCACAGUGGGCCGGUUGGAGCCAAAGGCUGCUGGGAGCACCAGAAUGUGAACGCUUCUGCGCCCUGUUUGGCCGAGCGGCGGCGCGGCUAGCCUUCGAGAAGCAUGUGAGACGGUUACGGGAAGAGCACACGGCGCGCCGCGUCCGGGGCUUUCUUCGGGCUCUUCCCACGGCCUUGGCCCAGCUGCUACCAAACCGGGAUGCCCUGGGUGACAGUGACUGGUCGACAGUGAAAGAAGAACUUCUGCGGCCACACGCGGAUUUCGAUCAAUACUUUGUGGACGACGGGGGUGAGUGGGAGGACCGGUCGCCCGUGGAUGACCAGGAUGAAGAGGAGGACGGCCGCAUCCCAUAUGCCCUGCUGACGAGGCACGAGGCCGAGGCCUGCUUCCAGGAGCACCGGGCGGCCCUGGAGGCUGAGGAGCGCCGGCAAGAGUUGCGGCGCCAGUUUCGGCAGCUUCUCGAGGAGACCGGCUAUGUGACGCCCGGCAAGAGCCUGGGCGAGGUGCGCGUCCUUUUCAUGGGGCGCGAGUGCUAUGAACAGCUGCCCGAGGCGGACCUGCUGGAGGUGUACGAGGAACACCAGCAGGAGAUGACGGAACGGGCCAGGUGCCAGUUCCAGGAACUGCUACUGGAGCACGCCGAGCUCUUCUACGAGUUUGCCAAUGUGGGUCCCGGCAGUGUCAUCACCCAGGAGGACAUUGCCAAAAUCACCGAAGCUCUCCAGGAAGACUCCAGAUAUAAGACCCUGGACCGUCUGGACCAGGAGCGAAUGCUCAUGUUGCUGCGGCACUUGGGCUUCGUGCACGGCCCCAUGCGGGAGCACUGCCCGGCCAACCCGCACUGCAUGGACGCUAUCAUCGAGCAGCUCCUGCGUGCCCACCAGGGAGGUGGCGGAGGGGGCGCCUGGAGCCCCCUGGGUGGCAACGGCCGCCUCUUGCAGCUGGUCGUGCUGGGCUCCGGGGGGGCUGCCGAGCAGGUGGCGCAGGCCAUGCGCGAGGCCCACGGGGCCGCCUUCCGGCUCGACGACAAGGGUGCCCAGUACACCCUCGACUUCCGGAUCGUUGAUGGCGACGUGGGCCUGCCCCACAACUCCUUUCGCACGGACCUUCCACAUGGCUGCCUCUGCGUCUACUCGAACCAGCAAAGCCUCGAGUACAUCCGCGAGAGCCUCGAGAAGACCCUUCUGGCCAAUCUGGAGCAGGACGACCGGCUGCCCUUCCAUGGCCUGCCUUUGGUCAUAGUGUAUGCAGGUCCCGCAGACCCGUCACUGCGUCAAGAAGGCAUCAACCGCGCCAAAAGCCUGCAGUGCCCCUUCGUGGAUGUUGGGGGUUUGGAUCCCGUCCGGCUAGAGCAGGCCCUGGCUGCCCUCGUUGAGAGCAUCCAGCGGCGGGCAGGCCGCCUGCACAUCUACCAGUCGCUGCCCCCGCCUUCUGAGGGGGGCGCUUCACGACCCGACCUGCGACUCCUGCUGUGCAUGCUGUGCGGGGAUCCUUACGCCCCGGAGCACGUCCUAGCACCUCUCCUGGCGCACCCGGGCUCUGUAGCCACGGGACCCCACUGCCUCAGCCUGGAGACCUUCCUGGGCAGCAGCAAGCGCUCCGUCCAGGUGCGACUGGCGUCGUACCAUGAGGCGUCGGCCUACCGCGACCACUUGCUGCACGGCUUUGUGCUGGUCUACUCGGCCCAGCGGCGGGCUUCCCUGGCCACCCUGAGUGCCUUCGCCAAGGGGCUGGCGGGCAUGCCCAUGCAGAUCGUGGCCGUCACGGAGGCAGCAAGCGCGGCCUCAGCCUUCUUCUCGAGCGAACUGGCCCAGCAGCUGAUGCGCGAUGGGAACGCCCUGGCCGACCAGCUACAGGCCCACUUUGCCACCUCGUCUACAGCUGCCCCCCACAAGGGGGCCUUCUACCAGGCCUUCUUCAAGGAAGCCUGGGAGCGCAAACCUCAAGUGGAGCGGGCCUUUUACCACGACGAAGACGAGGACGAGGACGAUGAUGAGGAGUCCCCCGAGGGCGGGGCACCGCCCGUGCCCAGCCGCCAAGAGUCGUACCACAUUACUGGCAAGGGAGGACAGCACGAUGGGCUGUCGGGUGAAGGCUUGUAUGAGCAGCUGCCAUCGGAAGGGGGCUCCUCGUCCUCCCCUCCUGGCCGGGGAGGUGCAUCCCUAAGCAGCGACAAUGAGGCGCCACCAGAGAAUGGCACCGACCACCUGGUGCGGCCGUCUCAACUACGCAAGCGCAGGAGCCUACAAGCUGAGCUGUACCGGCAGCAACCGUACCCGAGUUCAGAUUCCCUAGAGAGCCGGGUGCCACCGGCUCCGCCCACCCUGGUCACCUUUGGCGGUGGAGGAGGGGUACCCUCCCCCUUGUCUGCACCCCCUCCACCGUCGCUGGCCGAGGCAGUGCCACGCUGUGCUCCACCUCCGCGGCUCUGCACCACGGGUCGGCGGUCGCAGUCGCGGGAUGCGCCCCCUCCACCCAGCUUUCCAACAGCUGGCCUGCGAAAGUCCAGCAGCCUUAAGGCAUCAUACGGACUUGGGGUUGGUCGCGCGGCUCCCGUCGUUCCACCCGUGGCGCCAGUGCCCACCGAGGAGCAGGAUGCCACGCACUCGGACAGCAUCACCGACGACGAUGACACCAUAUCCUCGUCGGGUCUCAGCGGUGGGGGCGUGUGGGCAGACCCGUUUCCCUAUGCGGGCCGGGGUGACGAGUGGCCAACACCAGAGCUCUACUACCAGAGGACGGGCUCCAAGCAAGCCCCUCCCCUCAAACCCAAACCAAAGGGCCAUCACCAGCAGCAGCCGGGAAAACUGAACCUGCGGCAAUUCGACCACCUAACAGAGGCCAUCAGCAGGCUGCAGCUUUCGGGGCCAGGUCACAAGCCUCCUCUCGCACUACCGGACGAAGACACUCCUUCACCACAGGAGGCGGUCUAUGGUAGCGGUAUGGAACGAGUGGCUCUUCUUCUGCCAGAGGGCAAACACCGGGUGCGCUCCCUGGCCCGUCGGCAUGCCAGCAGAGAGCAUGACAAGGCAGCCAAGGCCAAGCUGCCCGGCAUGCUGCCUACCGACGACAGUGUUGCCUAUGACAGCGCCACCAUGGGGGAGCUGGCGGCAGGUGCCAGGCAGUUGCUAAAGGACAAGAGUACGACGCGGAAGAAAGACGAGCGAAAGAAGGCCCGCGAGGAUGAGAAGACGGAGAAGCGCCGCCUCAAGGAAGAGAAGCGGCUGACGGAGAAAAAGAAGAAAAAGCAGGGUAACAGUCCGGCUGGAGCGGCCCCCGCCCUCGAGGAGUUUGCCCAGUCGGAGGCCGUGCGCACGCCGCUCUUUGUGGAGCAGUGCGUGCGCUUCAUCGAGCAGGAGGGCCUUGACUCGGAAGGGCUGUACCGGGUGCCAGGCAACCGAGCGCACGUGGAGCUGCUGCUGCAGCGGCUAGACGAGGGCGCCGACCUGGUGGCCGAGCUGAGCUCCUCCGAACUGCCCGUCAACGCGGUGGCCACCGCCCUCAAGGACUUCUUCUCCAAGCGGCUGCCCCCGCUGCUGUCGCAUGCCCACAUGGCACGCCUCACUGAAAUUGCAGGCCUGUCUGACCGCAGCUGCCGGCUGCUAGCCUUGAGAGAGCUCAUCAAAAGCCUACCACCAGCAAACUUUGAAAUUCUCAAGUUCAUCUUCCAGCAUUUUGUCCGAGUGGCUGAGAACUGCCGCCUGAACAGCAUGGACAGCAAGAACCUGGCCAUCUGCUGGUGGCCCACACUGCUGCCACUCGAGUUCAGCGACAUGGGUGUGUUUGAGAGAGUGCGGCCACAUCUUGAGGACGCUGUGCAGACCAUGAUCGACCAGUUCCGCUUUCUCUUCUGUGACCAGGACGAGGUACUCAGCGUCUGACCGACCAUUUGUUUUUGUUUUUUCAUCUUCGCCGUCGCCACCGCUGCUAUCAUUGCUGCUACCAUUACUACUCUGGCGCUCGCUGGUCUCGGGUCUGACCAGCCGAACGUUGCAGCACGUUCGACGUGGCAUUCCUCCCGUGGCCCUAUCUUGUGCCGACCUGGCUGCUGCCGCUACGUCUAAGGAGUGCUGUCUUCAAGAAUCUCGUGUGGCCAACGUCGUUGAGUGCUGUCUGUGCACGAGUGUGUAUACGUGCGUGCACGUCUGUGGCGGCGCUUUUAAUUUAUUCGUUGAUUUGACACUGAGGCUGUGCGGUAAGGCACUGUGCCGGAGCUGGGGGGGCCGAGGUUUUCUUUUUUUCUUUUUUUGAAUACCCCCCUUUUUUUUACUUUCCUCGGCACGACCCUGUGAUAUUUGUACAUUUUUAUUCCUCAAAGGUCCCAUGUACAUUUGUUCCCGUCACUAGUUUUUUCUUCCCAGCAUUGCUUCUGUGUCCAAAGUCUUUUGUACAGUGCAAGCAGUUUCUUUUAGCGACAGGAAAGGGGGGAAAGGGACUCGUGCUCGUGGGGCUUCUGACUGUUGAACAAAGCAGCCCACUCUUCGGUUGUCUUCAACUCCCACUGUCUUCAGGUUUUCGUACCUUUCUCUUGCGUUUCCUCCUCGUACACUUGCCUCAAACAAUCUUUAGUGCGACCGAAGACGGUGGUUGUCAAAAGCUUGUCUCUUAAUAUGUUUCAUUGGGCCUAGGUGUUGCCUCAAACAAAAUCAAAGCCACUUGCUACACGACAUUCAUAACUUCUAAGUGGGUGGUGUAAUGAUUGCCAGCUUUUUUUUAUUAUUAUUAUUAUUAUUAUUCGUCUUGUGACGUCUGGUCUUGGUUCACCCUAAAACUACGGUGGUGAAAUGCCAGCAUUAAUGUAUACACUUUUAGCUUUUAUUAUUAUUAUCAAUGAUUUCUUUUUUCGAAAGUAAUUGCCGAUGCGAGAAUCUACUCAGUAGACACACUUUUAUAAGGAAACGUCCUACCAGCUUUCAAUUGAGCAUGCCUAUGUGGCCGAAAAUGUGGGAAUGGUGCCACAAAAUGUAGACAAGUGCGUGAUCUUCAAAAUUAUUUUUUAAGUGCCACACUCGUAACUGUCAUUUUGAUAGCCAACGUGCUGUAGUGUUUUGUGUACUGAUGCGCCAAUAGGAAAGGGCUUUACUCUUUUUUUGAAUGCGUUUUCUUUUUUUGACUCAUUGCUGGCAUAAAAACUACAAUGUUUAUGUUAGUGUCAUCAUCCUGCUGUUCUGGUGUGGAUGGAACAUUGACAUUGCUGUCAAAGUUUGCCAAGAAAUGUUCAGUGGCAGACUGAUUAUUGAACAGCAAGACCCUCAUUUGCACCUGACAUUAGCACGGCAUUCGCGGCACCCCUGUCACAUGGGCCAACUUUGGUGCACUUUUGAGGGAGUGCACUUCACUGCUUGUGUCAUUCACAUGCUGUAACAUGGGACCGCUUAGUGCCACUCUUUGCAAUGCGCACAUGCCGGCACCUCCAUUCAUCGAAUUCGCUUUGUUACUUCACUGUAUCUGGCCUCGGUAACACUCGCCAUAAAUGAGUUAUCAGAAGCUGAGUUUGUAACACAUCUUGCAAACUAUUGUUUUUUGUUAUGAGGAAUACUGUUAUGCAUCGAAACAUACUAUACCGCUAAAACUAGUCUGCUGUUCUAGCUCUCAGGCAGUUUUCUGCCUCAGCCACCUUGCUGAGCACAUGGCUAGCAAUGGCCGCAUAUUUAGCUAAAGUUUAUGUAAGGGCUGGUUUUUAUUGCUUUAAAAAACUGAGGGCAUAUUGCACUAGUGCAAUGCUGAAAUGCACAGUGGAACUUGCAAUAGACCUAGUUUCUUCCAGUUUCUCUAAGCUUGGCAAAUUAUGCUAGGCCUGCUUAAGAUAUGCUAGGCUUGGGCUAAAUGUGUCUUGGAAUAUCUAGGCUUACUUAGGCGUAACUCUACUUGGCUUUAUUAUCAUUACUUAAUAAGUCAUAAUGUAAUUAUUUUUACUUAAUUAGGUUGUUUUAUUAACCUUGGCUGUGCUAGUCUACAUAAUUAACUUGAAAAUAAUCACACUUGCCUUAGUUUGCCCUGAUGUAGUAAGACCUGGUUUAAUUGGUCUUCACUUUUAUAGACCUGGCUUAGUCGUUGCUUGAUUGGAUUAACUUAGUAGUGUUGACUUAGUAUAGGCUUAGCCAGUCAGCCCAAUCAGUAUUACUUGGGACUAAUUCGCUUAAUUAGUGUUGCUUGCAACAAUUAGCUUGAUCUCUCGCCCCUAAGAUUCAUUGCGUACCGCUGCCAGACAAUCGGCGCCCGUGUCUGAGCGAAUCAGAAGGUGGAGAUGAUGAAGUGAGCACAUGCUGGUUCAUGAUCAUAAUUUCUGUUCGCAUUACUUGGCGCAACGAAAAGCCUAAACAGUCCUGCUGUACAAAUAUUGCCUGAAAUAGCACAUAUUUGUUGAGAUAUUCGAGCAGCCAUCACCUUUACCACCGAUUCCAAAGUGCGCUUUUCUUUUGUGUAGCAACGUGCUGCCAAACUGACAUUCUAAGUGCACUGGUUAGAAAUGGCAGAACUCGCUGUUGUGACAGGGGUGUUGGGCAUCGUGGCACAGCAAAAGUUGUUGAUGUCAUCCUGCAAUAAAAGCCACUUUAUGACACGCUAAAACAGUGGUUUUCAAGGUGGUAACAGAGCGAAAUUCGCUGUCAGUGGUGAAACGGUCAUUUGCUCUCAUCGGAAGGAUUAGCGGUGAGCAACCAAUUGAUUGGAAAUUUCUUCUGUAGAGCGAUAGGAGUGAUAUUGCCUUUGGGACGCACCAAAAUUUCCCCUAGCCGACUGACCCUUUAAAAUUGUGUCGACUUGUUUCAGUUAUGGCCACUGUCCCACAUUAAAAAGUGAGUUUUGACUUAAAUGUGUUUUUAAUAACAAGAUACAUGUGCUCUUUGCUACGAUUUAAGAACAGUUAACAAUGUCAUAAUGCACUGAUUUUUUCAUUGCAUUUGAAAAAUUGUGCACUGUUUGUCACGCCAGCUGCAAAUAUAAAAUUUGUAGCCCUUCUGAAACAAAAUCACCAUUGGUGGUGAGACCUAGCCAAGUAAAUGUUGCAAAUGGAAUCGUAUAUAUUGCUACAAUUGCAGCAUGUCAAGUAGCCCCAAAGCAAUGUACGAUCACUUAGCUUACAAGAAAGAAAGGUUUACAUGAAUUCUUGAAGAACUUUUUCCUUUCUGUAGUCAUAAGGCAGCUGCAAUGAUGACAGGAAAGUAGAGAGAUGGUGUGCCAUAACCUCGCGACUUGCAUCGUCAUUACUAGCACUUCUGGCUUGCCAGCCUUGAUGCAGCAUCUGGCUAAAUAUUUGAGGUCUUGCUUUGGAUGCGUGUCUGCUAUUGAAUUAAUCAUAUCACCUCAUAAUUAGGCCUUGUUGUCAAAUGGUAUAAGGACUAUGCAUCACUGUGUCAUAAAUCGUGCAGCAAUUGUUUGCAAUGCCAGUAUUCUAGGUGUGCCACGUACAGUGCAAAAGGAAUAAGCAACACAAAGCAUUUUUAAUUACUUUUUUUAAUUACAUUUCGUAGCAUGACUUGCAAAGUCAGAGGGAUCGGAAUCGCAAGAAUCAGUCUGCUACUGCUCAUGUGAAUGAGCGGUUCACUGGCAGCAAAAACAUGACUAGAUACCCAUAUUGAAUGUACCUCCAACUUGUUUUCUGCAGUGUUGUCAAUCCUGGAAGCAUUUGAAUCAUGAAUAAGUGCAUCAUAGUGACAAUGAGGGUCAUCUGCUUUGUACAGUAACCACCUGAAACGUUUAUUGGACAGGACUGAAAGUGCAGUCGUUGCAUGACAUGAAAUAGCGGACAUGGAAAUGCUGUACGACACCACACCACAAAUCUCAGCAGUGUGUUUCAAGUGGUCACUGUUUGAAAGUGUUCAUUCGUUCAAAUCAAAACUUGGAAACUUUUUUGGCAGCAUUCUUUGUAGAGCUCUGCAUAUGGUGCCAUGGAGGGCUUUCACUUCCUGCGUGCAUUGGUGUUCUGAAUGUCGGAAAGCCUUUGAGCACUGUGCUUUCUGUUGAAACCAGUUUGUCAAAUCCUUGUAAGGUGGAUCGGGUUUCUGGGCAAGCAGGAUUUUGGAAGCGCUACCGCUUUUGUAGCAGCUAUGAAAACAAGGAAUGUUGCGGGCGAAGUGACAGCCAAUCUUGCCAAAGUUUCUGGACUAAAAUUUGCAACGGAAACACAAGAUGCCCUAAAUAGAAAAGACAGGACAUGUUGUGUUUUUUCUAUGUACCAACUAGGCCCAAAUGAAGUUUUAUUGGGCUUCCUAAAGUUGUCUCAGUCCAGUGUGUUUCACUCCUAUGGUUUGCUUGCCGACUGUUGGAGUUCACCUAUGAAUUAAUCAGCGUUGGCAAGGUGACAUUUAUGUAAUCGUCAAUCAAGCAAAAGCACCGAGCAAUGCGUAGAAGAGCUAUCACAUAGGCAGAUAGCCAAAUGUUUUUGAUAGUUCUUUUCAUGACGUCCUGUGCUUUUGGUAUGGCACUGUUAUCGUUGGUGCACAAACAUGCGUCAUUUCUUGAUAUUCGUGGAAAACCAUUUAUAGAUUGAAAAUUAGUUAUCGUAGUGCAAUUCCAAGCACCAUCUCGUGGAAUCAUGUUUUGCCGUGAAUGCAGUGUGUGGUGCAAGAAGCAGCUGUGCAAUACCUAUUUUGCGAUAGCCACUUCCAGAUCAUGCUGAAAAAUUCUUUUUGUCUCUUCAGUUGAUGCACUUUCACUUUCAUUGUUAUUGCCUCCUCAUUUCAUUGGGCCAAAGAUGGAAUUCAAGCUUGCUGGAGGUAUAACUGGCUUUAGCAAACAGUGCUGUUUCCCCUGUUUUCUAGAUUAAACGGUUAGGCCCAUAAAACUUACUUUCAGGACUGCAGCCACAUGCAUUCUUUGCUUACAGAGGUUUUUUUUUUUUUUUCAUUGGUGCAGAAAAUUUGUGUGGAAGUUGGUGGUGCGGCUGCGUUAUUGGCUUGAAGAAUUUUGCGUAAUGUUCCUGCAUUUAGUUCGUUAAUACUUUAGCACUGUGUGAAUGCCACCGUGCUUCAUCUGUUACUAGUACAACAGUGCCAAAGCUACAUAGCUUGCGGCUCCGCCGCAGUAGUCUAGUGGCCAAGGUACUCGGCUGCUGACCCGCAGGUCGCGGAAUCAAAUCCGGCUGCAGUGGCUGCAUUUUCGAUGGAGGCAGAAUUCUGUAGGCCCGUGUGCCCAGAUUUGGGUACAUGUUUUUAAAGAACCCCAUGUGGUCGAAAUUUUCGGAGCCCUCCACUGCAGUGUCUCUAAUAAUAAUGUGGUGGUUUUGGGACAUUAAACUCCACAUAUCAAUCAAUUACAUAGCUUAUGCUGCAGUGCCAUGCCGUCUUCUUCCUGUAUUGUUUUUCUUCAUUCUACUGCAUAAAUAGGGGCUGUUUCAUUGUUUUUUGUUGGUGCGGUGCAGCAACGAGGCUCGAUUGUAGAGAAAACCAAAAUGGAUGAAUAGGAACUAGUCUUAUAGUGUUGUACUUUCGUACAAUGAACUAUCAGAUGAAGUUUAAAAAUCACACUUUUUUAUAUUGCCAUCUUUGGUUGCAGCAAAUAUCUAAUAUAACUGAUGUAGGUGAUCUUUCCUCAGAUGUGACUUUGUCGUUGCUACUAAGCUCUGCCAUGCAGAAUGAAAAGGCAUUUUUUAUUCGCCUCAGGAUACUGCGCUUAUGACACUAGCCAAAUAGUAUAAUAAACAAUGAAAAGAGAGAGAAAAAAACGAAAGGGAAGAACUACAUGACAAAUGCUGACUGCCAACUGGAACACUUAUUCCGCAUAACCUACGCUUAAAUAACAAAUCUGCAUACCACAUCUACAUGAGGGGCCGGUUUGAAAAGAAGUUACAAAUUCACUAUCUGUGAAAGUGCAGAUGGCUGAGCUCUUUGACAAACAAAACAUUCGUGGCCUGGGCGACGCGUGCAUCUGCCAGAGCUCUGAUGUAGGCAGCUUCCGCAAUUUUCCGCUGGAUUUUCCCCCUGUGAUGAUAUAAAAUGGUGGUGUUGAAAACUGUGGAAGCACAAUGCGCAAUAAAUGUUUCAGCCAGCACUCAGCAUUCGGCCUAUGCAGCUAUUCAGUUUUGUCUCUCAUAUUUUUCAGAUGUACAUUAUUGUGCAUUCAUACCAAUUAGCGCAGCUUAGCACUGUUUCAAACCAAAUGGCAUGCCUCAUUUACAUACUUUUGGCUGUAAGAUUUAUUGCCUGCAUAUUUUUGAAUUUUUCAGGAGGAAUAUUUAUUUCCUCUCUGUCCAUGCUGCUUCAGCUUUCAUGCCGCUGUAACUUUGGCAUAACGGAAUCCUUGUCUUCAGCUGCAAGGCUCAGAAUGUUGGCAUUGCCUGGUAAAGGUUCUAACGGGUGCUUUUACAAUACAGUCCAGACUUCUGUCCAGCAUCGUUCUUGUUGUGUUUGUAGCUACAUUAGCAUCUUGGGCCACAGUUGCACUGCAUGUGAACCCAGCUUCAAAAGCUGACUGACCAUUUAUGUACUCCGCCACAUUAAUUUUCUUUACUUUGAAAGUGAAUGAAAGAUUGUUUUCUUCUUUCUAGUUACCGCCAAAAUUUGCUCUUUUUUUACAAUCUAGCUGAGUGCCCCACAUUAAGUAAUGGACGUCACGUAAUAUUGGCAGGCUGUUUGCAAAGACACAUUCAUCGAUCAUUACUUGACUCCUCAAUAAAGCUUUUGAAGUGAGGCUUGACCUAUAUUGAAAAUUGGUUCGAUUACACAACUUGUGCUGCUGUAUAGGAAAUUAAAGGUGCGACUUCACGAGGCACAUAGCUUCUGUAGUAUAUCUCUGGCACUGCAAAGAGGGCUCUCGUCAUACGAUAUUCUAUCUCGUUAGGACCACACCUCAACUUGUUUCUUUCAACUUGAACCUUGAGCACAGUACUGCGUUUUCAGGCUCGAGUCUCUUCGCAGUUGUGACUUUCAAAUGCCCGAAACCUUGCCCAUGUUGGUCGCAUACUUGUAGGGCAGUGCGCAUGACUCACCAACUCGUCAGAGGGAAGCAACUAUGUAGAUAUACGGGUUAUGUUGAUGGGUCAUGUACAAGGCGUAUAACACUGCUGCCCACUGUCAGUUGAGUGUAUCUGUUGAUGGCUUGUGUGCACGAUUACUCUGCCGGCAUGUUGAAGCUGAGGUUUCUCUGAAUUUUUGUUUCAAUUUUCAUGAAGGCUUAUGCAGCGGAAUCCUGUUCUAAAAGAUAAAACCAAAGCCUGCUGCCAGCAAAUUAUUUCGUAAUGUCCAAUGUACUUAUCCAGCAUGUCGAUAUUCUCCUGACACCCACUCAUUGACUGUCUAUUCUUCACUAAGGCAGAGGCUUCAUAACUUUGUGAAGCAUUGAAGUAGGCAAAAUUGCACUGGUCACCUUUGUUUAGGAGUCUUCUUCAAGUCAUAGCUCUUGCACAAAGCUCGAUAGCCUAUUUUCUAAUAUUAUAUUUUAUUGUAAAGGCAUCCCAGUGAUCUUGCCUAAGUCAUCUUGGAGAUUAAACUGUCGGUUGCUGCCAUCAGCAGACAGUUUAUCUGUGCUAAUUGCUAUUGAACCUUGUCAUUCGCUUCCACAAUUUGUUGUUAAGGCUAAUCAGCAAGGUCUGCCUUGGCAGGAUUGAGAAAUGCAAUGCAGCCACUAUUACUGAGAAUGGUGCUAGAUGUGUAGCUCCAUAUUAGUAGCUAGCCUGCAUUAUCAUUUGCAUAGUUUGCAUUGAUGGUGACACUUUCAACUAGAGGUACAGUCUUGAGGACAGUCCAGUUUAUUUACAUACAUUGCAUAUGGAGAGUGAAACAAAAAUCAAUUUAUUUCGAGUCUUACCACUGUGAGCUGUUUGAGUUUUAUUGUACGUCCUGUAUUAGUGUACGUGAAUCUGCAUAGAUUUCCACAUUGAUCAGCAUUGGCUCUUUAUGUGCAUUGAUGUGCAAUUGCAAUGGCUAAACCACCGAAGCAUUAUCUAAUCAUUUAGGUGGAAGUAAUAGAAAGCAGGCCAAGCAGGAGGACCAUGUACUGCAUUGUAACAUUCCACUGUCUAACUUCGAAGCAAACUUGCAAGUUCAGGAGGAAUGUUAAUGUAAAUACAUCUAUGAAAAUUUUGAAAAUAAGGUUAGUGAAACUGUUCAUUGUAACAGCUUCUUUGCCGAGUUCCACACCGAUUCAACCAACCUACUCCAAGGACAGGCCGUCCAGAUUGCAGUCGUAGGAGCUUGAGAAGCGUGCGACUGUGCUGAUCGUGUUCGUAUUCGAGCAUAAUGGUUCCUAAAUGACCCUAUGUUAGUUGCUUCCUCUAAGAAAACUCUCCAUGGCACCUUCAUGUGUACCUAACUAGACGUUAUUUUACCACGCAUUUUAGCAUGCCUUGGAGACGCAUUUAUAAUUUUCGUCACUCAUCUUGCGGGAGCUGUCAAAGUUUUAUUGCGAUCGUUUUCAUACUCGGAAAAUGCAGCUGUGCCAGUGCAUGCAUUGCUUGUGCUGCCACACACUCUGUGGUGCUCGCCAUGGAAAAAAUGUAUUCCGAGGUUGGGGUGCAGCUUUUUGUCACUCGUUUUUCCAAGCGCCUGCGCACCACACUGCCGCCACAAACGGGCCAAACACAAAGCCAGGGCCUGGUUAGUUGGGAGGGGUGCAGAGGUUUCAAGAUUCUUGAGUAUUUUUUCACGGGUGCCCCGUACUAUAUCUGUCUCUCUAUCUCUGCCUUGGCCCUGCGAGCGCUGUAUUGUCUCGAGGUCGCAUCAGGAGUGCCCGCAAGAGGAGGGGAGUUGUGCUAGAAUGGUGAUACAAAGGACUGUGUUGUGUGACCACCACUCGUAGCCGAAAAAAAAGCGUAGCAUGCCUGUGUGUGUUUGUAUGUAUGUGCGUGUGUGUCUAGAAGCUGUGUGUAUGUUUUUCCUGGUUUCCCUGGAAAGCCUUCGCGCAGUGGUGGGCUACACCUCCUCUGCGGGCGGAGAUGAGACUGGGGGAUUGGACGAUGGAGAGUGUGUAUCAUAUGGCACGUGCUUUGUGCCCAGAGACGUGUUUGUGAGUGAUGUAAAAGAAAAAAUAAAAGUGAAUUAUAGAGCUAGGA